AUGACCGCGUGUCCCGUUUUCGUUCGCCGUCCAAUUGUUGUCGUAUUCCGAAUCGACAUCGCGGACUCCAGUGUAUACAUAUUCACUCGACCGCUACGCUGGUCCCCUUAUAUUGAGCCGACGUACGGCGGCGUGUUCUUCUUAGCGCUGGGGACAGAAUGUCCAAAACUGCUUGUUUUUAAAUUUCAAGGUUCGUCUGUUGACACGGCUGAUCGUACUUUUGAAUUCGUUCACUAA